AUGAACAAGCUCGGCUGGCUCGUGCUGACGAUCGCCGUCGCGGCACAAUCAGUGCUCGCAGAAACACGAGUUUACAACUGGACCACCGGUUGGGGCACAUACAACGUAGAUGGUGGGAUGGAAAGACCCGUGAUCACGUGUAACGGCGAAUAUCCAUGGCCAGACGUCAGGGUGAAGAAAGGUGACAGACUCGAGGUAUACUUGAACAACGGGUUCGACGACCGGAACACUUCGCUGCAUUUCCACGGGCUGUUCCAGAAUGGCACCAACCAGAUGGACGGCCCUCCAAUGGUCGUGCAAUGCCCACUUGGGCCUGGCGACACCUUCCUAUACAACUUCACCGUGGACGACAACGUGGGAACGUACUGGUACCAUUCUCACUCGAAGGGGCAAUACCAAGACGGUAUGCGCGCCGCUUUUGUGAUCGAAGACGAUGAUAUCCCUUACGACUAUGAUGAAGACGUUGUGCUGCAGAUCGGUGAAUGGUACCACGAGGUUGCGGAUGAGCUUAACGAAGCAUUCAUGAGUCUCUACAAUCCUACUGGUGCCGAACCCAUCCCACAGAAUUUGAUUAUGAACAGUACGCGUAACAUGACCUGGGAAGUGAAACCCGACACUACGUAUUUGCUGCGUAUUGCAAACACUGGUGGAUUUGUGUCGCAAUAUAUCUGGAUUGAGGACCACGAAAUGGAAGUUGUCGAGGUCGACGGUAUUUACACCGAAAAAAACACUACCAAUAUGCUGUACAUUACUACCGCCCAACGGUAUGCUGUUUUGAUCCACACCAAAAAUGAUACCUCCAAGAAUUUCGCCAUUAUGCAAAAGUUUGAUGACACCAUGCUGGAUUUGAUCCCUGACGACUUACAGUUGAACACCACGAACUACAUGGUUUACAACUCGAGUGCGCCACUGCCGGAGCAAAACGUUGUUGAUGAGCUGGACUUCUUGGAUGAUUUCUACUUGGUUCCAUACAGCAAGCAAGAAUUGCUAGGUGACCCCGAUUAUCAAAUUGUCAUUAACGUUACCAUGGACAACUUAGCUAGUGGUAUCAACUACGCUUUCUUCAACAACUUGACCUACACAGAGCCUAAAGUGCCCGCUUUAUUGACCGCAUUAUCCGCGGGCGAAGACGCCGUAAAUGCAGAGGUUUACGGUAGUAACACACACACGUAUGUGUUGGGUAAAGAUGAAAUUAUUGAAAUUGUCUUAAACAACCUGGAUACGGGUACUCACCCCUUCCACUUGCACGGUCAUGCUUUCCAAACAUUGGUGCGCGACAUUGGGUAUGACGACGCGUUAGGUGAAGUACCACAUCCAUACGAUGACAACGACCAUCCUGAUUUCCCCGAAUAUCCUAUGAUUAGAGACACCUUGUAUGUGAGACCUCAGUCAAACUUUGUUAUCCGUUUCAAGGCAGACAACCCUGGUGUGUGGAUGUUUCAUUGCCAUAUUGAGUGGCACUUGACCCAAGGUUUAGCGCUCAUCUUGGUCGAAGACCCUCUAUCGAUUCAGGAGUCACAGUCCCAGCAACUCACAGACAAUCACAAGAAUGUUUGUAAGGGCGUAGGUAUUUCAACUGAAGGUAACGCCGCGGGUAACUCCACCGACUACCUCAAUCUAUUCGGUGAGAACGUUCAAGAGAAAUUUAUUGCGACAGGCUUCACUGCUAAAGGUAUUGUCGCCUUUGUAUUCUCAUGCAUAGCCGCUGUUUUGGGUCUCAUUUCGAUCGCAGUUUAUGGUCUCAUGGACCUAUCCAACAUUGAGGAAAAAGUCAUGGACGAACUUGAUCUUGACAUUAGUGAAGUAGAGGCAGUGAAUUCUAGCAGUGAUUUGACCUCCGAGCCAAAGGAACUCAUCAAAUAA